AUGAUGACGGUUGACCCAGCGGAGCUCUCGCGGCUCCAAGCAUCUAAGACCAUCGGUAUAAUUGGUCUCGGUGACAUGGGAAUGCUCUAUGCCCGGCGGUUUACUCAGGCGGGAUGGAGAGUGGUUGGUUGUGACAAAGAAGAACAUUUUGAACGGUUCAAAAGCGAGAUUUCGGACUUUGAGGUGGUUUUGAAUGGACAUUAUGUUUCCAGAAAGAGCGAUUACACAAUCUACUCCGUGGAGGCUGAAAACAUGGACAAGAUUGUGUCCAUGUACUGUUCGUCCACCAAGGUUGGAGGGAUUGUUGGUGGACAGACCUCGUGCAAGAACGUCGAGAUUGCGGCUUUCGAAAAAUACCUUCCAAAGGACGUGGAAAUUGUUUCUGUGCAUUCGUUACAUGGGCCAAAAGUGAACACUACCGGUCAGCCGUUGGUGCUGAUCAAACACCGUGCCAGCGACGACAGCUUCAGGUUUGUGGAAAUCUUGAUGUCUUGUUUGAAGUCCAAGAUUGUCUAUCUGUCAGCUGAGGAACACGACAAGAUCACGGCAGACACGCAAGCAGUGACCCAUGCUGCCUUUCUGAGCAUGGGAGUUGCCUGGCACAAUACAAACCAAUACCCAUGGGAAACCCCCAAAUGGGUGGGUGGACUGGAGAACGCAAAGAUCAACAUAUCGCUGAGAAUCUUCUCCAACAAGUGGCAUGUCUACGCGGGGUUAGCGAUUACCAAUCCCUCAGCACACAAACAGAUCUUACAGUACGCCACGUCUGUGACUGAGUUGUUCACCCUCAUGAUGAAGGGACGUAAACAGGAAUUGAAAGAGAGGAUGUACAGAGCUAAGGAAAAGGUAUUUGGUCAUUUAGGGAAAGAACACGAGAUGCUGCUUAAUGACGACAUACUCCAGCAGUUUUCGCUAUCCAAGUCACCUCCUGAGGGCAAACAGCUCAACUCACACCUUUCUAUCCUGGCCAUUGCGGAUAGUUGGAGUGUCUUAGGAAUAGUUCCUUAUGAUCACAACAUUUGCUCCACUCCGCUGUUUAGGAUCUUCCUGGGUAUCACGGAAUAUCUUUUCUGCACGCCAGGUUUGCUCGAGGAGUGCUUGGAGGUUGGUAUUUCCCAGACUGAGUUCAGAGAGGAUGAUUUGGAGUUCACACUAGCUGCCCGAAGCUGGCACUCAAUCAUCUCUUUCGGUUCAUUUGAUUUGUAUCGCCAACAGUUUGAGAGAACUCAAAAGUUCUUCAGCCCUAUGUUGCCUGAGGCUAACAAGCUAGGCAACGAAAUGAUAAAGACUAUUCUGGAGAGGAUACACGAGAAGGAGACAUAG